GACGUUUGGCGUUUGACAAUUUGUGGUUCUGUGUUUGACAGAAUAAAAGUGGGAAGUGGUGAGAGAGUCGUCAACGGUAUUAUUAGUAUUUGAUUUAUUGAUCAACGGUACCAUAAAAACUGCUAUUUACAUCGUUAAUUACACGGAAAUGCGACAAUACGCCAUAUUAGUGUGACGUAGCAGUUGUGGUAGGUCAAGCACAGUGAAGCUAAACAAACACCGAAUUGUUAAGGGUUUUGCGUGUUUUUAUUAAUUAUAAACUUAUUAUACAGUUGUAGUGUAUCAAAAGUGAAUUGUGAGUGUUGAGGAGUUGAACUCAGACCUUUGAAGGGGCAAAAUGGGAAUGUGUUGGGCACCUGAUUGCAAGCACUACAGUACCCGCGAUACUUGUAGGUUUUUUAGGUUUCCGAAAUCGGAAAAGGAAAGAGCAAAAUGGAAACGUUUGCUUAGGAGAGAUGUUGAACCAGGCCCUGGUGCAUACGUCUGCAGUUGCCACUUUAGGGACGGAGAGAAAAAGAAUGGCCCUGAGUUGUUCUUACAUAAUAUUAAAAAAAAAUUCAUUGCUUCAACGCCUGAGAAAAAAAAGAAGCGAACAAGGAAGAUGAAGACUUUCGAUGAUCCAGCAAUACCUGGUCCUUCAUCAGCUGAAGAAAUGCCAUCAACUUCAACAUCGUUUAGAGAUGUGGCAAUAUUAACUGUCGAAGAACCAUCAGCAUCACAUGCAAGACCAUCAACCUCCAGUGCAGGGCCAUCUUCAGCAGCUCAAUCGGUGUCAGCUGCUUCAAAUGUUGCUCUGGAAGUUGAAGUGUAUUUUUUAAAACAAAGACUCCAAGAAUGUGAGGAAAAGAUUAAGUACCUCUCAGUGAGAUUUUCAUAUGAGAAUAUUAAGAAUAAUGACAGACUUGUACUUUUGUACACUGGACUGCCAAAAAGUACAAUUUUUGAGACUUUAUUUAAGCUCAUUGAAAACAUUGAGAUUAAGUGGUACUUAAAAUGGGGCAUCAAAAAGUUGAAUAAAAUUGAUCAACUGCUGCUGACGUUGAUGAAACUUCGGCUAAACUGCCCCCACCUAGAUUUAGCACAACGUUUCGAUAUUUCGCAAGCAGCUGUAACGAAUAUCGUGAUUACAUAUGUGCAUCUAAUUUAUGAAGUCCUAUAUCAACAAUUUAUGGAGGUGAUACCAUCUCGACAGAAAAAUAAGUCUUGUUUGCCAACAAGCUUCAGCAAUUUUACAAAUUGCAGAGCAGUUCUAGACUGUACAGAAAUAUUUACAGUUGUUGCUAGAACGUCAAUGAAAAAGCAACGUCUUACGUACAGCAACUACAAACACCACAACACUUUUAAGGGCUUAAUAGGUGUGGCUCCAAAUGGUGUCAUUACCUAUGUAAGUGACCUGUACGUGGGAUCUACUUCAGAUCAAAAAGUUGUACAGGAUUGUGGGAUAUUAAAACAGUUAGAAGUGGGCGAUUUAAUAUUAGCCGACAGGGGUUUUCUUAUUCAAAAUAUAUUGCCUCCUGGUGUGAGUUUGAAUAUUCCACAAUUUUUAAGAAGUCCCCAGUUUACACCAGAACAAGUCCAAUGCACUGAAAAUAUAGCACGUGCAAGAAUUCAUGUGGAACGGGCUAUACGACGCAUGAAGUGCUAUCACAUUUUAAAUUUCAUGCCACGCUCAUUAUGUAGUUAUGGGGAUGUGGUAUUUAAAGCUGUGGCAGCAUUAACAAAUCUACAAUAUCCCCUUAUUAGAGAAGUGAGCCAAUUUUUUAACGACGAGUAAACGUUUAAUGAAACAUUGUACGUUAAAAAAAACCUUUAAAGCAAUGCUCAUGGAGUCCCUUAACACCAGACCACAGGAAGUCAGCUGGUAAGAGUCUGAAACUUCCCAAAAUAGUGGAACCAUGCUCCAGGAGGAUUUCGCCCCCACCAGAAAAAAAAACUACAUAAUUUCUUAUGUACAAUUGUUUUAUUU